AGGAAAGGAGAGGAGCUGAGUGUGGUCGAGGUAACGUAGCAAGGAGAAAGGAUGUCCUCUCCGCUGUGUCGUCACUCACGGUAGGCUAUGACGCAACCUCUUCUCUUCGUCCUGCUUGUGCGGUUAUCGCAACGCCACCGGCGGGCUGAGGCCGCGGGAGGAGGCAUGCAGUUAGCAAGAUCAGUGGAGUCGGCAUGAAAUAGUAGUAGAAAAUAUCAAGAAAUGCAACAUUGCGUCGGUGAUCGCUCUUUAGAUGAUUGGUGCAAUAACAGAUAACAAAUGAGUACGAUGUUCAGUCCCUAAGACAAGACGAGCCUGUGUUGUCGUCGGCUGCUGGUUUGUUUACGAUGCAUCUGCGGCCACCCACACUUUCCUUCUCUCGCCCUUUGUGGACUUGUCUUAAUGGUUGUGCGACACCUGCGCCUCCUUCACGUACCUACAUAACUCGGGCAUACACUACGACAGUAUCUCAGCACAAAGAUGUCGACCAGAAUAUCAGCAAAAAACUGGAGACCGGCGAAAGUGGAGGCGAGGGCGAUGGUGGGGGAUUGAAUGUCUCCACUGAUUCAGCCCUGCGGCGCCUGGUGACCUCACUGUCCACCGAGCAGCAGACUGUCCUCCUCACCGAACUCCACAGAAUCCAGGCAGAAGCUGCCAGGAAGCAGGCCGAAGAGAAGCUUGCAUCAUGGCGGUGGAGGUCUCGCUUUGGCCGGCCCACCUCCCUGCACUCCCCACAGCCUGACCCAACAGGCACCUACUGUGCCAUCCCAGAAGAAUGGCUACGAAAGAAAGCUGCUGAGAAGAACAGAACCUCCAAACUCUCUGCUGCACAGCUCAGACAGUUGGCUGUCCACAACGCUCUGCCUUUCAUUGGCUUUGGCUUCCUCGAUAAUCUAAUCAUGAUAGUUGCUGGUGACUACAUUGACCUCACUAUUGGCACUGGUCUGGGCAUCAGCACCAUGGCAGCAGCAGCACUAGGCAACACAGUUAGUGACUUGGCAGGCAUCGGCUCUGCAUGGUACGUGGAAAACAUUGCUGUCAAGACGGGGAUCAAGGCACCAGAGUUGAGUCCUGAGCAGCUGGAAGGUGUGGCAGCAAGGUGGUCAGCUAACAUGGGACGUGGUUUGGGAGUGGUGCUUGGCUGCCUCCUUGGGAUGUUUCCUUUAUUCUUCUUAUCUAACCAUGAGGAAGACAAGAAGGUGUCAGUCUUACCUAACCAAGAGGAGGAGAACAAGAAGUUGCCAGUAUCAUCUGACCCCAAGGAGGACAAGAAAGUGCUGGUAGAUGACUGAACUCUGCCACACCAUUAUAGUUGUGCAGCUGUAUCUUAGGUGCUGUGAGAAUUUGCAGGUUCCUUAGCUUCAUCUUUCAUUCCAAGUGGACACACUUAAAAACUAAUGUUGCAUUUCUUAUUAUUUGCCAGAUUUAUGACUAUCUGUGUUUCUGUCGAUGCAACAUUUUUUAUUCAAACUAUUAUGUUAUAUUAGAAUGGAGUGCCACUUGAUGAUGUAUCCAUACAUGUAGCUAAAGAUUUGAGACCCAAGUCAGUUGGUAGUCUGACUGUACAGAUGCCACAGCCUUGUGAUAGGUUGACUGCCUACAUAUGCUAUUUGAGGUUAUAGUUACCCUUCAAGCCUGCUCUUCUCAUGGAGGAAUGUGUUGCUGUUAUUUAUCUGAAUGGAGAGAUGCUGUUGAAGAAUUUAAGUUUUUCCCCUAUUUUCUGCUAUUUAAUGUGACAAAGACAUUACAUUAAAGUUCCACAUUUUGUGAAACUAGUGCUUAUGCAGCUCAAUGUAUUUCUAGAUGUACUUGUUACUGUUAUGAAAAUUCUCUGUUAUUUUUUUUGUCAUCAUGGCUGCUCUAAGAGUGAUUGUCCAGCUGGAGAAUGGUUGUCUAAUGAUUACUUGUAUGUUUGGAAAGCAGCACUUCUUGGCAGUGAGGUUUAUCCUCUCACUGGUGUAGCUAUAUUGUACCCAACUUGCAUUCUCACAUAUAUUUAACACAAUUUUAUGUUAUUUAAAGUUCAAAUGUAUGUUCAUUAGAAUUUUACCUCAUGAUGUUAGUAGACAUCUUGGAUACAGGUGCUAGUAGUCAGAUGCAAUAGUUUAGAGCUGUACUAAGUCAGUAUUUAUGGUUGCUUAAUUGAAAUUUUUGAGAAAUUAGCAUAAAGUCUUAGAUACCCAAGACCAAUUUAUGGGCGAUGUAAAUAAUAUUUAUGUUUCACAAUUAGUGGAUUCAUGUUUAGGAGUUGGACCUUAAGUUUAAGAGAAUAAGACAAAUUUAUUGGAUUUACUAACACAGUAAUCCUUAGUUAGAACUGUGAUACUUGUAUAACACACCACUUUAAUGGACUGAAUAUACUAACUCAAAGUUCAAUCAGAGAUUUCAAGGAGCUAACAUUUUUAAGUAAAUUGUUGGGUGUAACACAGUAUUUUCAAUUUUCUGUAAUUCAUUCAUGAAAUAUCAUUUCAAUUAGAUAUGUGGUUCAGUUACCAUCAUUCAUGAAUACAGUGUGAGUGGUAGUGGUGGUGACUGAUGUUCGUCAUGUUCAGGCAGAGGCCUGUGGGCAGCAAGUAGUUUGUGAAGGCUUACAUUAUCUUUCUUCUCUUCACUUCAAUCUAGCACACCAUUUGUUUGUUGUGGUGCUUUCAAAGAAUAUCCCUUGAAUGCAUGUCCAUUGCAUUGAUAUCAGCUAUUAUAUCACUGGAAAUAUUAAACAAGAUGGCCUGUCUAAAUUCUUUGGGCAUGACUUUAAAGAUGCCCAUUCCAGAAAAAUACAAACUUUGAAGUUGCAUUUAUGUAACAUUUAAGGUAGGGAUAGGCUUGACUAGAAAAUAGAAAAUCUAGGGUUCAAAUUUUUCAUGUGAUUAAGAUCAUUAAGAUAUACUUCUUAGAGUAAGAAACUCUAGUUUUGGCAGAGAGGCAGUAAAGCUGAGUAAGUGUCAGUUCUGCAGUAAUGAUGUUGAAUAUAAUACAUGCCAUUUGCUUUCUACAUUCCAAGUCUGGAGUUGUCCCUAUAUUGUUUCAAUAGUAGUUAUCAGUACCCAUUAUAUGAAUUAGUUUUUGUUGCAAGGCUCACCCCUUCCAUAACCCAAAUAGGGAAACAACAAAGCAGCUCCUGUGAGCCUUAUACCAUGUAGAGAAAAACAGAACCAAUAGUGAUUGGGUUAGAACCCUAUUUAAGUAUUGCAGGAUAUGAAAUUAAAUUUUCUAUUGUUAAAAGAAUACAGUGAAAAAAACUUUUCACUUCACUAAUGAAUAAAUGCAUUGCUGUGUAUUGUUCAGAACACAAACCCACUGGUUUGCAUAGUGUAUGCAUUAACUACCAUCAACCUUCCAUAUUGUAUCGACUACUUAUCUACUAACAUAAAUGUCAUGAGUGUUCAGUGCAAAACUUAUCCUUUUAAAAUUGCCUUUGCAGAUUUUACUGCUGUUUUGUCUCUGAUACAUACUUAUAAUAUCUUUACCUGUGUGAGAACAGGUAGAUGUGUUGUGAUCACUAAAGAUUGCUAUGAAAUGCUUAUGCUUCACAUGGACAUGUAGGUAAUGACCUGAGAUCCGAGAUGACAACCACCAUUUUGCAUGCAGUGUGACAUGAUUUGCUGUCUUGAAUAGUAAUAUAUAUAAAAAAAAAAAAAAAAAAAAAAGCUGAUGAACUCCUAGAUUAAUAUUUCGUGACACAAAGACUAAGGCUCUUAGGAAAACUUCAUCAUGCAAUUGAGAAUCAGUUCGUGCUCUGAUUGAAAUAUGUGGAUGAUGAAGGUAUAGUUCACAACAUCAAAUCAAGGUGAAGACUUUUUCUCACAUCAUUAGUUUGUGAUACAUCAGACUAUCCAAAAUAAUGUAUCUGAUUUAAGAUUGAUAAUGUUUGAUAACAGAAGAUCACUGAACUGAUGUCCAGUAGUUCCCGAUGGUGGAACGUAGUGGGAAGGAAGGAAGUGUGGUGCCUGUGCCUGUCACCCUUGGCUGACUCUAGUCUGUUGAGUGUUAUUAGGUUUUUAUUGUAUGUCCUCUUUCAUGACAAGAUAUGUGCUAUAAUGCAAUACUCUCUUAAUAGAACUAUUUUGUUUUGAGCAUUUAGGCAUGUCCUGCCAAACCUACCUGUAUCACAAGAUGAUUUGAGAAUACCACUGUUGUCAGUUAAAUGACCUCUGUUGCCCCCCUUUUUUUCCAAUUUUUUUUUUAGUUAAGCUCUUUUCCUUCUUUGAAGCAUAUACAGAUGUAUAGAUGUAGAAAGGAAAGUUUCCAAAGUUAAUGGUGAUCAGAGAAAGUGAGUUCAGUCUCCUUCCUUCACCUGACCUACCCGAGUGACCAUAGUCAGUCGCUGUAUGGCACAGGCAAUGUCAGAAAGCACCAUUGUCAAGUGUGGUGGUAUAUACACCAAACUUAUUGCUAUUAUACUCAAAGGAAUUGAAUAUCUAUAAUAUUUUCAUCUUUACUAAAGAAAUGGAUGUCUUCAGAUUGAUUGUGAAGCAGGAAAUAGUUAAUGUAUCGAGCAAGAGUAGUAUUGUGUGUGAGAGUGAUGGUCAGGAGAAUCCCUAUGAGGGACUUAUCUCAUCCUAUAUGCUCAAUACAAAAUAAUUCUGUCAUAUCUUGCAGCUAAUGGACGGGUUCUUUAAUCCUUAGCACCUUUACUUUUAUCUGUCAUGGAGCAUUUGCAUAUAUAGUACUCAGAAUUUCAAUAUUUCUUUGAAUUUUAUAAGAAUUAAUUGUUGUACUUGUACAUUAACAUUACAUUAAUAUAUUAUUAGCAUAUUUCUUGGUGUGAUACCUAGUUUCCUAUAAGUUUUAUUGAUGUAGAUAAAUGUUAAAAUUUCAGAGUUAUAUGAUAUAUUGUUAUUUGCAUGUCUAGUAGUAUAUACUUAUAGAUAUUAAUUUGUCAAUUAUGCUGCCAGUCCAGUUACCAGUAGAGUCACUUUCUAUGAAAACAUAGUCAUUUCAGUUGUUGGUAUAGAUUAUUAUCACCUAAGAAUACUUACUGAGGACCAGUUACAGUUAUAAUAUACCACUUAUAAAAAGGAAAAUCUUGCAUUUCUAGAAACAUUUAUUUAUGUACCAAGUGUCAAGCCAUUUAUAAAAUUUAAGAAAUAUGUCAAAGUUAAUUACAGUAGAUAAAAAAUUUGAUAGUUUUCUGCAAGUGUAGUGGCCAAAAUUAGGAUAUUUUACAAAGUGACUACAGAAAUGCACUUUAGUAAAGCCUUUUAAACAGGUUUUUAUGGGCAUAUGUGUUAAGUUGAUGGAUGAAAGCAAAUCCAAUAUUAUCAGAUCAGACACAUUUAUCAACUGUGUAUCAUAAACUAAGCUUUUCUCAAGUGCAUCACUGUAAAAUAUAUUGUAGUUGUGUAUCAAGCUGUUCAGUUUUUUCCAUUGUAUAGUACAGUGUUUUUUUUUUUUUUUUUUAUCUAAACUUAGAUAACAAUUAUUGAAGGAAGUAUAAAAUAACAUGAUACUAAUUUGAUAUUACACAUCAGCACCAUUUAAUUGUAAUUGAAUACAAGUAUUAGAAAAAAAAAAAAAAACAUUUCCAAGACUUCAGAAACAUCUAGAUUACCUGUAUUGUAAUCCUUAUUAUUGUCAUGUUUGGAUGGCACGCAGGAUGGGGAUGAAAACAGAGUUGUGUGUUAUUUUGCUUUAAUAAGGCAGUUUGUUAUGCCUUAACUAAUCACAAAUUAUUAUUCUGGUUAAUAUAAAAAAAAGUAGCUUAAUGCAUGUAUACUAAAUAUUCUAAUAAGUUUGUGUGAUAUACAAUAGCCUUUAUUUUUUAAUCAGAUGAGAAUAGUUAGCAACAUGGAAUAAUUACUGUGAGAUGAAUUAUGUCAUGAAAGAAGGGUGAAGCUACGUGUUGUGAAGAUUUAUUAGUGUGAGGAGGAGAUGUUAUUACUACUCAUAGGAAAGAGGAAAUCAUGGAGGCAUUUGGAGUCUUUUGUUGCCAUUGCUCAAGGAAGGAUAUCCAGUAUUAUUUACAUUAUUGAGAGAAGUUUUAGAAUAUGACUUUCAAAUAAGUAUUGAGAUUAGUAUAUGUAUUUGUCUCGUUACCCUAUUAAUAUUGUAUGUGCGUACCUACUUGAAAUUAGCAGCCCUUGAGUAGGGAAGGGCAUCUCUUUCUUUUUAGAAAUCUAAUUUUAAUUUGAGAUGAUUUAAAAAAUUGGAUUUACAGUGGAAGGCUUACAUCAUUGUAAUACUUUCAAUAAAUAGUAGAUAAUACUGCUGUAUGGUUUAUAAAUUCAUUAAUAAAAUUUAUGUUGCUUUAA